GUUUGGACAGGUCCGCAAACACAGAACCACCGCCAUGGCCGAGUCGCUGGAGGACGAACUGGCGCGCUUCCAAGCCGAAAUCGCAUCACUAGAAGCGGGAGGUUCGUCUGAGAGUACCCCUGUCGUGGAUUCUGCAGUUCCUGAGGCAAAAGCGCCGACGAAGCGACCUUUGGAAAACGGUGAUAUAGACCUCGAUGAAGUCGCUCGCAAACGGCAGAAAGCCAUUGAAGUCGCCAACAAGCUUCUCAAGGCUGCCGCUGCAGCGCCUACACCACAGCCUGCACCAUUUCGACCUGCCCCGACUGUGAUCGUUCGUGCGCCAACCAAGCGUGUGGACAAACCACCUGUAGAGGACCCUCUUUCAUCAUCGUACGUUGCACCUACUAUCCAGCAUGGUGCCCUGCGAAUGGACCUGCCUUCAUCGACCCCAAACGUGUCCAUUAUGCACGGACAGUCGUUACCGAUGGGUGCCGCCGUGCAGAUGGAGCCCAUGAUCGACCACAAGACUGGGUUGCCGUUGUCGACCAAGGAACAGCUCAUCUUCAACCAGCAGCAGAGCGUGUACAGGUACAAGCCGCAGCACAAUUUCACAGCAACGCACCAAGCACCGAGCGACAAGAAGUUUCUUCGAGCGGCGGCGGGGAAAGUGUGGGAAGACGCGACGUUGGCGGAGUGGCCAGAAAACGACUUUCGCCUGUUUUGCGGCGACCUCGGGAACGAAGUCACGGACGAAUUGUUGUCGCAAGCGUUCGCUGCGUAUGCGUCGUUCGCGAUGGCGCGCGUCGUCCGGGACAAGAUCACGCACGUAUCCAAGGGCUUUGGGUUCGUUAGCUUCCUCGACGGGCUCGACGCGAUGAAGGCAAUGCGCGAGAUGAACGGCAAGUACAUUGGGAACCGACCGGUCAAAAUCACCAAGGGCAAGUGGCAGGAACGCGCGCUCGAGGUCGUGAAGAAGAAGAAGAAGGGAGGAAAGAAGAACAGGCACUUGUUUUGAUGGUAUCGACGAAUGCUGUUUGUGAUGCGAAUAUACCUCUGAGGCAGGCUGGACCAUCCACCAAGGGACCGCCUCGUUGUAGCCGCGACAGCGAUGCACACCGUGCUCUUCAACACAUCAGUCUGCUUGCUGUCGUGGAGAUGGCAGGAAGUUGGAGUUGCGACUUUAUCAGAGGCGAGACACACGGAAUGCGCUGUGC